UUAAAUAAUAAUAAUUAAAGAAAUGCUGCUUCAAGCAUCAAAAAGUAGCUGGCAUAUUUAUAGUCAACAUGUACGGAGAAAUUUCUUCCAACUUAGCAAACGAGAUAAGGGCAAGUGGGAAAUUAUAACGACGGCUGGAAGAGUUUCCAAUGAGCGUAGCGUUCCCAAACACAUUCAGAAGCCUCCCUAUUACUAUACACCACAGCCGCCAGGCAACACAAAUGGAAGUCCUGAAAUAAAAAAUGAUGAGCAGAUCAAUCACAUGAGAGCAAGCGGUAAAUUGGCCGCGCAAAUUCUUCAGGAAUGUGGCAAAAUGGCAAAAGUUGGCGUGACUACGGAUGAAAUAGAUAGUUAUGCGCACGAACGAAUACUCUCUUUAAAUGCCUACCCGUCCCCUCUGCGAUACGCCGGCUUUCCAAAGUCCUUAUGCACUUCCGUUAACAAUGUGGCCUGCCAUGGCAUACCGGAUGACCGACCCCUGUUUGACGGCGACAUCAUUAAUAUCGAUGUCACUGUAUACCAGAAUGGAUACCAUGGCGAUUGUUCCGAGACGUUUCUCAUUGGCGAUGUCGAUGAACGUGGCAGGUUCUUGGUGAACUGUACGCGUGAGUGCCUAAACAAGUGCAUCGAACUUUGCGGUCCGGGGGUGCCCUUCAAAGAAAUCGGCAAAUGCAUACAGAGAUAUUGCGAAGAACAUCAGCUGGAAUCGGUAUCCGCAUUUAUUGGCCAUGGCAUCGGCAGUUACUUUCAUGGACCACCCGAAAUUUAUCACUAUGACAAUGAGGUACCGGGUAAAAUGCAAGCAGGCAUGACUUUUACCAUUGAACCAAUACUGUCUCUAGGCGGUGGCGAAAUCGGGAUUUUGGAAGACGGAUGGACGGCAAUCACCUUGGACAAUUCACGGAGCGCACAAUUCGAGCAUACGAUUCUGGUCACAGAUACGGGCGCUGAGAUACUAACAAAAGAGAGCUAGAAUGCAAAAUGUUAACAUAAAUAGUGAAUUUUUAUUUCAAAUUUUUGUAGUAAGCGCAUAAUUGACAUAGAUAAGUGUUUUAAUAAACGCGUAUGCCGGCUUGCAAGAAAA